GCCUCCCCCGCCCAGACCCAAGAGCUCGUGCGGGGCAAAGUGAACCGAGCCGCUGGGCGGUACGCGGGGAAGCCCGAGCCCGCUCUCCGGGCCAAAGUGAACUUUAAUCGGGGUGGUUGGAUGCGGAGACGGGGCGGCAGGACUUGCUAGAAGUGGCCGAAGAUGAAUCCCCAGCAACAACGCAUGGCCGCUAUAGGGACCGACAAGGAGCUGAGCGACCUGCUGGACUUCAGUGCGAUGUUUUCCCCACCUGUUAAUAGUGGGAAAACUAGACCAACCACACUAGGAAGCAGUCAAUUCAGUGGAUCAGGUAUGGAUGAACGAGGAGGUACAGCAUCUUGGGGAACAAGUGGUCAACCAAGUCCUUCCUAUGAUUCAUCUAGAGGUUUUACAGACAGCCCUCAUUACAGUGAUCACUUGAAUGACAGUCGAUUAGGAGCCCAUGAAGGCUUGUCCCCAACACCUUUCAUGAACUCAAAUCUGAUGGGAAAAACAUCAGAGAGAGGCUCAUUUUCCCUGUACAGCAGAGAUACCGGAUUACCAGGCUGUCAAUCUAGUCUCCUGAGACAAGAUAUAGGGCUUGGGAGCCCAGCACAGCUGUCUUCUUCAGGAAAACCAGGGACAGCCUACUAUUCAUUCUCUGCCACAAGUUCUAGGAGGAGACCACUUCAUGACUCUGCAGCGCUUGAUCCUUUGCAAGCAAAAAAAGUCAGAAAGGUGCCUCCUGGUUUGCCUUCUUCUGUAUAUGCACCAUCCCCAAAUUCAGAUGAUUUCAACCGUGAAUCUCCUAGUUAUCCAUCUCCUAAGCCACCAACCAGUAUGUUUGCUAGCACUUUCUUUAUGCAAGAUGGGACCCACAAUUCUUCUGACCUUUGGAGUUCAUCAAAUGGGAUGAGCCAGCCUGGUUUUGGUGGAAUUCUGGGGACCUCCACUUCCCACAUGUCUCAAAGUAGUUAUGGCAGCCUUCAUUCACAUGACCGCUUGAGUUAUCCUCCACACUCAGUUUCACCAACAGACAUAAACACGAGUCUUCCACCAAUGUCCAGCUUUCACCGCAGCAGUACCAGCAGUUCACCUUACGUUGCUGCCUCACACACUCCUCCCAUCAAUGGAUCAGAGAGCAUUCUAGGAACCAGAGGGAAUGCUGCUGGAAGCUCACAGACAGGUGAUGCACUUGGAAAGGCUUUGGCAUCUAUUUAUUCUCCUGACCAUACCAGCAGUAGUUUUCCAUCAAAUCCAUCAACACCAGUUGGAUCACCUUCACCUCUCACAGGUACCAGUCAGUGGCCCAGAUCUGGAGGGCAAGCACCUUCAUCCCCAAGCUAUGAAAACUCACUCCACUCCCUGAAAAAUCGAGUUGAGCAGCAACUUCACGAGCAUUUGCAAGAUGCAAUGUCCUUCUUAAAGGAUGUCUGUGAGCAGUCUCGAAUGGAGGAUCGUUUAGACAGACUGGAUGAUGCAAUCCAUGUGCUGCGGAACCAUGCUGUGGGACCUUCCACCAGUUUGCCUGCUGGUCACAGUGAUAUACACAGUUUAUUGGGACCAUCCCAUAAUGCACCAAUUGGAAGCCUCAAUUCAAACUAUGGAGGAUCAAGCCUUGUUGCAAGCAGUCGAUCAGCUUCGAUGGUUGGAACUCAUCGGGAAGACUCUGUCAGUCUCAAUGGCAAUCAUUCAGUCCUGUCUAGUACAGUCACUACUUCAAGCACAGACCUGAACCAUAAAACACAAGAAAAUUACAGAGGUGGCUUGCAAAGUCAGUCUGGAACUGUCGUUACAACAGAAAUCAAGACUGAAAACAAAGAAAAGGAUGAAAACCUUCAUGAACCUCCUUCAUCAGAUGACAUGAAGUCAGAUGAUGAAUCCUCCCAAAAAGAUAUCAAGGUUUCAUCUAGAGGCAGAACAAGCAGUACUAAUGAAGAUGAGGAUUUGAACCCUGAACAGAAGAUAGAAAGGGAGAAGGAGAGGCGGAUGGCUAACAAUGCCAGAGAACGUUUACGCGUACGGGAUAUUAAUGAAGCAUUCAAAGAGCUUGGGCGAAUGUGUCAGCUUCACUUGAAGAGUGAAAAACCCCAAACAAAACUCCUUAUUCUUCAUCAAGCUGUGGCAGUCAUCCUUAGUCUAGAACAGCAAGUCAGAGAGAGGAACCUGAACCCCAAAGCAGCCUGCCUUAAGAGAAGGGAAGAAGAAAAAGUUUCUGUCGUAUCGGCAGAGCCGCCAACCACACUGCCAGGAACCCAUCCUGGGCUUAGUGAAACUACCAACCCUAUGGGUCAUAUGUAAGCAUCAGCCAGUUCCAGAGUUAUCAGUAGGCUAGAUAGAAGGUGACCUCUCCUCAUAAGGACUUGGACAACUCAGAUUAUCUGAAGACACAGAACUGACAGGAGGGAGAAGAAAAAACAAAACACUUGAAGCAAGAAACUCAAAUGUAAUCCUACGAUCAAAGCAACUGGUCAACACUUCCAUCAGAAGUGAAGAUAGGAAGCUCAUCAGACAGAACAUCAGCCCAUGAGAUGUUUGCAACAGAUCGUUUUGUUGUAAGCUGUGUGUCGCUUCUGCACAAUCAGAGACUGUCUCGAUCUCUCCACUCACCGUGGAAGUUGCCUUGUGCCUAAACUGAAUUGACAAAUGCAUUGUAACUACAAAUUUUAUUUAUUGUUAUGAAACUGUAAGGUCUACAUAUAAAGGGAAAAGUUAACGUGGAAAGCUGAUCUACGCUCAGCUGAUGCCAGCAUGCAUGAAAGCAGUUCACGUGCAGAGAACAAAGCGGUGACAACCAUUGGCCCUUAGCAUUCCCGGCAUACCUAUUAGUGUCUUACAAAGGAAGGGAAAGGUCUUCCGUCCCUCUCCUGUCCUUUUGCCAUAUGAAUAGUGUUUUCCAUGAAAUAGGAAAAUAUUACUUGGUAUAGCAUUUCUCUUGCUCUCAUUUUUUGGUUUAUUUUUAUUUUCUCUUUGUGGGUGUUAUAUCAGAUCUCUGAAUAGUUUAUGGUCACAGUCCAGUCGCCUCCAUGCAACCCUGUGUGCUUUUGCACAUUUACCUUACAGUGGUGAGCAGAGACCAUCUGUGACCAUAGCCUAGCUAGGAUUUUAAAAGGGGAAAUUUUGUUCUCUAGGUUUUCCCCCAAGUAAACAUUGCUUUAUUUCUAAUAAUAACCAAGACUUUUCAAGCUUCUAGAUCUCAUAGGAAAGCUUGUAAUAGCAAAAAUGUAAAUCACAAGGGAAGAAUCUACUGUUUAGAAAUUGCUUUGUUUUCCAAGCAGUAAGUACUACAUACAGUACUUGUAAAGUGUUAGCUGUAAGUAAGCACAAAAUGCAUUUAAAAUAUAAAGACGAUUUUUUCAGACUGUGAUUAUGGUGAACAUAACAAAACGCGGUCGUCACCGUGGCAGGUAGUGUGAUGAAUGAACGCGCCACUCUGAGGCUAAUUACCUGAUGGAAUACAAGAGCAGCGGUCACCCGAGUUUCCUUACCCUAGCCUUUAUUUCUCUGUCAUUUGGAUGGCUGGUCAAUGGGAAGAAUUCAGUGGGCGAUUUAAUCAACUGCAACCCAUCUGCCCCUGUCCCAGAAUGAUGAGCCAGAUUAGCAUUAAACCAGUACUUGUCAGUCCAUCAUAAUACUGUGCAUUCAGGCACUCUCUGUCUCUAAUCCUUCGGAGUUGUUUUUAAAGACAUAAUCACUCUGAACUUCCAUGGAACCUGUCUUCCACCACAACCCUGGGAGAGAAAAGCAUGCUGAGCAAGGGAUCUUGGCUUCAUAAUUCCUUAUAGCCAAUAUCAACACUGGCAAUCAGCACACAGAAGAAAGGACCCAAAUCACUAUGUAGCUUAAAGAUUUCUGUUAAUUUGAAAGAACAAAAACAAGACAGAACUUCUGAUACUCUAAUCAGGAUGAUUCCUAACAAAUCAGUCAUUUGUGAACCUAGUGGACUUUUCGGUUACUUUAAUUUGCAUAUAUUCUCCGGUUACAUCAGACUCUAUCUGUGGCCUUGUUCUUCAUUUCAGUGUUAAUCAGCUAAACAGAAGUUGUUGCUUAUGAUGUGUGAGUGAACAUAUGCCACUGCCUGGCCUUUUUUUCUUCGGAGCUUGUUGUCUUUCUCGCUAUAUUAGACUUUGCAGUAUGCCCAGAAGCUUUCCUUCAUAAAAUAGAAAGAAGAAAACAUUUGGCUUAUUUUUCACUGUAGCUAGUCUUUUAUACAAUAAUCUUGUAAGAAAAUUUCUUGAAUUCUAAAUAUUACUCUUUCUAGAUUUUUGAAAUCAAAAAGUUUUCAGUAAAAAGUUUCUUACUUUAUUUUAUUAUAUUAGGUAGUAAAAAUGUAGGGUUAUUUACCAUAACCUGUUCAUUAAUAUCAGAAAUUUACAAUAGCAUUUUAAGACCAUAGUAGGAUUCUAGCAUACCGUGUAGUACCUGUGGAGUAUUGUAAGAGCUAAUUGUCGGAGAUGAAUUGCUUCUCAUCUUGUUCUCCAGUUUCCAUUGUUGGUUUAUUGCAGAUUUGUAUCCUGUGUCAAAUUCAAGGUAUUACUGAUAAAACUUUUCAACCAGCAGCAAGAAGUUCAAAUUUUUUUCUGUCACUGUAACAGGAAACACAAUAUGUAUAUAACAUUUAUGUAGCAAUAAAUGUGCCAUCUUUUUUUUAA